AUGCUCCGAUCUGAGCAUGCAUGGAGCGAGAUCGUGUGCGGCGUGCGGACCACGUGCAUGAGCAACGUGCGGCUUGUCUUCUUGCCGCCAAACUCCACCGCAUUUACUCAGCCGCUCGAUCAGGGCAUAAUCGCCACCACGAAGGCCCGCUACCGCCAGCAUUGGCUGCGGGCCUUCUCGGGGUUGUGGAACGCCGACGGCGCGACUUCCUCUGUGGCGCGUUUCCGGCCGAAUUUGCGCGAUAUCCUCGGGUGGCUGUCGGACGCCUGGACCUCCGUCGGCGCGCGCACCAUCCAACGGUGCUGGUGGCGCACGGGGUGUCUUCCCCUCUCGUGGUCCUUGGACCUGACGCACGUGCAUGACGACGAGCCCAUUCCCGCCGCUUACCCCGACAUUGAGCUCGACAACGACAUCGACGAUGUCGGGACGCUUAUUAGCGGGCUCGCCCUGGGGAAUGCGGCGAUGACGGCGGCAGAGUACGUGGCCAUCGACGACGGCGAGCCUACGUGUGCGGAAGGCGCGGCGGGACCUACGGUGACUGAGGCGGAGACGGGACUGGGGGUGGAGCUCUGGCAGGCGCCGACGACCAUGCAGGCCGUCUACGAGAAAGCCGACCCCGUGGGCCGUGAGGCGCGGCGCACUGCUCGUGCGGCAUGCGAGAUGCUCAUCGGGUACGCAAGGGCCACCCGCAUCACGCCGCGCGAUCUGUUCGCUCUUUUCGACACCCGCAAUCCUGUCAUAAUCGAGCGGAUGGAGCGGGCGAGCCCGGGAUUCAAUCUCAACGUGGCGCCUCAGCCCGUGCCCUCCCCCGGCGCAACUCCCACUCCCGAGACCCCUCGUCCGCGCGGCCGUGUGCUGCCCGGCUGGAUGACCCGUCCGUCCCGCCGUCAGCAGCUGCUUGACGCCGGGGUGGGCGCCGUGAUGGACGGCUAUGUCAACGCGGCUGAAUGGAUGCGUCUGUGA